AACAGUGUUUUGAGUGAUUGUAGUAAAGUUUAUUUUUGCAUUUGCACCUUUUUUGUCAUUAAAAAUGCCUGAACGCGCUUCGUGUGAAGUAAUAAAAGGAGCCGACCGGCUCCGCUUGCGUGCUCUUUCUCGCUCGCGCAGCCGAUCGGCUCUGAUUGCGUGCUCUUUCUCGCUUGCGCAGCCUGUCGGCUCCGAUUGCGUGCUCUUUCUCGCUCGCGCAGCCGAUGGGCUCCGAUUGCGUGCUCUUUCUCUAUCGCGUAGCCGAUCGGCUCCGAUUGCGUGCCCGCUGCGGCCGCGCCGACCGCCAUUUUGAUAGCAACAUUUGAACGUAAUAGUUGUGCGUACUUGUACGAAAAGAUGAAUGAUGAAAAAUUAAUAAUACUCGUGUCAAAAUAUGAGUGUUUAUUUGACAUAACCAAGCCAUCAUAUAGCGAUCGGAUAAUGAAAGACAAUGCAUGGGAGGAAAUUAGCAAAUGUCUCGGAAUAAGUGUGACGCAGUGCCAGGAUCGUUGGAAGAAACUGCGAGAUAACUUCAGAAAAGCCUAUUAUAACCGAAAAGGCAAGAGUGGCGAUGGUGCAACUACGUCCAAAUUGAUAAAAUUUGAAAAAGAACUUUCUUUUAUAAUACCAUUUUUUCGCAAUCGAAACCAAAAACUGCGAGAUAACUUCAGAAAAGCCUAUUAUAACCGAAAAGGCAAGAGUGGCGAUGGUGCAACUACGUCCAAAUUGAUAAAAUUUGAAAAAGAACUUUCUUUUAUAAUACCAUUUUUUCGCAAUCGAAACCAAAUAUCUAAUGUAACAUUAUCAUCGGAUGAUUCAGAGCCUGGCACACCAAUACCACCACCAUCGACAUCAUCUAAACGUUCUGACCAUUCUGAAGUUGAAUCGCUUGCAAGUACUUCUGGCUCGAAAAAGAGACCACGCUUAAGCAAAGAUGUUGCUACGGUUUUCGAAGAGUAUCUUGAAGAAAAAAGAAAUACUACACCCCGUGACAAGGCAUUACGUAAUUUUUUUUUGUCUAUGUCAGAUACAGUGGAAACAUUCCCAAAAGAAGUCCAAGCACGAAUUAAAAGGCGCGUGUUUAACAUUGUUAAUGAAGCUGAAUUAAGUCUGUAUGAAAAUAGUACAGAUUUGAAUUAUUCUUUGUCUAUAAAUUCACCGCCAUCGACUAAUCAAUCUACUUACCUAGUGUCAAACGAAACCUAUAUUCCUCAAAACUAUCCAGAUCAGACUACUUACGGGUACAAUACCAGCACACAAAAUACAAAAUAAUAAACAAUCAAAAACAAUAAUAAUUAUAAUAAUAAUAAUUAAACACACACAAAUCUGUACUAUUUAAUUACAUUUCAUUAACGUAAAUAAUGCUUAAUAAAUGGAGGGCUGUGAUUUUGUGAUCUAUUUAGAUGUUUGUGUUAUUUAACAUGAUUAGUAUAAGUAAUUUACAUUUCAUUAACGUAAACAAUGCUUAAUAAAUGGAGGGCUGUGAUUUUGUGAUCUAAAUAACAUGAUUAGUAUAAAUAAUUGUUUUUUAUUUACCUUAAAGUUACCGUUAACCUUUCUUCGGCUGUAAUGGUGCAACGAUAAUUUGUAGUCUUUUUUGUUAUAUGUACUCUUAACAAAUCUGUCAAUUUCAAAAAUUGCCAAUAUUCCAUACGAUAAUACUC